AUGGCACAAUAUCUAGCGGGAAUUCUGGAACACCUGGUUGGAAAAACGGAGUACCAUGUACGCAACAGUUUUGAUUUCGCCGAAGAAAUAUCUAAACUGCGGAUUCCAGACGGUACCGUAAUGUACUCUCUAGACGUAGUAUCGCUCUACACCAACAUCCCAACCGACGAAGUGUACCAAUUUGUGGAAGAAAAAUGGAAUGACUUGCGGAACCACUCAACCAUCCCGUGGGAGAGUUUUAAAUCAGCAAUGAAAACAGUAUUGGAAGCAUCUUUCUUUCAAUACAACAACAAAUUUUUCUCCCAAGUCCAGGGUGUACCUAUGGGAUCGCCUCUCUCUCCAGUUGUCGCUAACAUCAUAAUGGAGAAGCUCGAAAAAACUACGUUAGCCACAUUGACCCAAAAAAACAUCUCGAUUGAGUUUUACAAGCGCUACGUCGAUGAUUGUUUUUUAGUCGAAAAAGAGGACGAAAUAAACAUCGUUCUCCAAGAAUUCAAUAAACUACACGACACGAUACAAUUCACGGUAGAAAAAGAAACAGAAUCGUGCUUAAGAUUUCUGGAUCUAACCCUAUCGAGAAAAAACAACCAAAUUGGAAAAUCUUGGCAUCCCAAGCAGAAAGACGGCCGAUAUCUAGACUUCUACUCGGAGAGCCCCUUUGCGCACAAAGUAAAUACAGUCACAGCGCUUUUUGAUCGUGCUCUAAAGUUAACUGAUCCAGCAAAGAGAGAAGAGAGGAUACAAGUGGCUAAAGAUACACUACGCAAAAACAACUACCCCGAUCAGCUGAUAAACCGUACACUAGCAAACAGAGUGCAUCUACUCUACAACACGCUUCAAAACACUGACAGGGAAGAGAAAACCACAAAGUACAUAUCACUCCCAUACAUCCCAUGCUUAAGUGAAAAAGUGGCCAAAGUAUUGCGCAAACAUGACGUCACAGUGUCGCACAAACCAUGCAAUAAAAUGAAAGAUACUAUUUUCACUAAGCUGAAAGACAAGAUCUCCAAAAUGCAACAAACUAACGUGGUAUAUAGCAUACCGUGUGGUGGAUGUAGUGACAAAGUGUAUGUAGGACAAACAUCGCAAACACUUGAAAAACGUUUGCAGCAACACCAAAGCUCAAUCCGGACUAAAUCGUCGAUGACUGGACUCACACAGCACGCAGUGGAACAGGGCCAUGUCUUCAAGUUCUCUGAAACAGCUAUUUUAGAGCGAGAGAGCAACGAAGCCAAACGAUUGAACGGUGAAACACUACAUGUAAAACUGCGCGAGGGGAAAACGGUGAAUUUACAGCGGGACGCUCUGAGUUUCUCCAACGCAUAUGACGGCGCCCUGCACAAACUAAGAAAGUUUGAACAGAGCAGAAGACCAACCCCACACGGCACGGGCAGCGUCGCCGUAAAGAAUAACAGCGGGCAACAAAAGUGUUGCACUGUUUUAUAA